AUGUCUUUGAACUCUGCAAGGAUCAUACUGUUCCCAGAAUCUACACAAGAUUCUCUAAAAAUUGUUAAUUUACCACAUCCAAGAACUAAUCAAGAAUAUCAUUAUGCUCUUGUGAAUAAUGAAGAACUUUAUGAAUUAACAGAAUUUGAUAACGAUAAUCCACAUAGUAAAACAAAUCAUUUGAGAUCACUCACGAAAACGGAUGGGAAACCAGUAAGAUCUCUUUUAUUAGAAAAUGUCAAUGAUGAAUCUGAUGGUUUGGUUUUAGAAGAAUCAAAUAUUAUUAUAAGUACAAAAUUUAAUUUUACUUAUAUUUUAAUUACAUAUUUCAUUUUACAAUUAGAACAGGGGAAAGAAUUUAGAAGAUAUCAAUCUCUGGAAGAUAUAACUGAUGUUUUGGAGGAAUCAAUUCCAAUAAUACUUCAAUUACCAGGAUCAUUAUUAAAUACAUCAUUAGAAAAUAUUUGUGAUUCAAUUAAUGAAAAUGAUGAAAAAUUUUAUAAAUUCUCUGAAGAAAAGACAAUAAAUUAUUUGAAAACCAAAUCAGAAUUAAUAUCUCAAAAUUUCCCUAAAAGUAUUGAAUCAACAAUUGUUAGUCCUUUAUUAUAUCCUGCAAAUAUUGAUGAAAAAAUUCCAGAAGAUAUUAAAAAAUUAGCAUUAAUAAAAUAUUCAAUUCAUUUAAUUUCAUCAUAUUUACACCCUAAAACAGAAUCAAGAUUAAAUUCAUCAUAUAAUUUUGAAUCAGUCAAUGAAUAUAUUACCAAAAUUCAAAAAGAAAAAUUACAGAAAAAAGCAGCAGAAGAUCAAAUUCAAAAUUUAAAUCAAAUUAAUGCACAAAAUAAAAGAUCAAUUGGUGUUCAAGAUAACAAAAAUCGUAAAAAACCUACACCUGCUAAAAAAAUUCCUUCAAAAGUUAUUAAGGGUCCAUUAGAUGGAUUUUUUGGUAAAAAAAAAUAA